AUGGCGAGCUCCGUCAACCUUCGCCAUAGCGAGGCGUAUUCGGCAUCACCCCACUCGUCUAUUGGUAGUGGCGAACCACUCAAUGCGACUCCCGCUUCCGCUAUCACGGUUUUCUCUCCAGAGGUAGUUAGGUAUUCCGAUCCCAAUUAUUCCGCUUCGAGGGUCAGCAAUACUGCCGUGAACGAGUCCCUUGCGGACCCAUUCGUUGCCCCUUCUGCCAUGCGAAAGCCCGGGGCCAAGCUCUCAGCGACAGCUUCCGAAUUUCAGCCCUUUGGUCUCCCCGUCGAUCGUCCCAGUUCGUCUCGACCUGGAAUGCCCCAGUCCGGGGAAGGGCAAAUUGAGCACGCAGCUAAAACCGUCGAUGAUGGGUUUACCUCCGACGCCAAGGUCGCUCGCUGCUUGAAGAUUACUGGCAUCGUUGGCGAGAGUGUUGUGGAUUUGGCUGAUGCUUCAUUGACGAAACUGGCUGAAUCUGGCUGGGCCCCCGAUGGCUCGUUACGGAAGGUAUUCCGCAACGGCAAUGUCUACAUGCGAAUGUCAAACCUUUAUGAUGCUCAGCACAUCUACAAUGCGGUGGCAUCAGAUAACCACAACAGACUUGUAGUCGAAUAUAUCUCGGUUGCUACUUGGGCAUCGGAGGUCAUCCCUGGCCAGAAGCCUCCUUCGAAGUACGAAGGCCAAGUGUAUCUGGAGGCACAUUACCCAUCACAACAAAUCACGUCGCGGAAGAAAUUUGAGCAGCAUCUGAGGAAUUUGCUGGUUGAGUCUGGUGGUCCAUUGUGGUCGUGGCAACCCAUUUCCACCAAAGACUCCGCCGUCUUUCAGCUUCUUAUCCAUUUGGCUGAUGCGGCUAAGGCCAGCAAGGUUGUCGAUGCUCUUCAUAAAAAACCCCUCAGCAGUCAAAGCAACAUUACCAUGACAGUUAAGUUACAUAACCCGCAAGGCUUAGAACAUGCGAGGGAAAUUUUCAAAAAACCUCUGGCUCCAGCUGCCUUACCUGCGGAGAAGUCUAACGAAAAUUUCUAUUUGAAUGAUGCGAUGAGGGCCUUGACCACUCACGAUCAAGGAUGGGGCACUACCAGGAGAUUUACAUCUUCAGUUACUCCUCCACGGCUGGAUUAUACCCCAGCCAGGAGAGCAGCUACAACUGGCCAGCAACGCCUUCCAAUGGCCUCUGGUCGCGAAUUCGGACCGCCCCCCCAUCUCGGACUUCCAAACAUCGGCCAGACACUAUACGGUACCCCUCCAGCGGCAUAUCCAUAUUCUGACAUGAGGAACAGUGGAUAUAGUCCAAUGAGCCCACACCAGCAGCUUCUCGCUCCCGGUUUAGGAUAUUCCCAGUUGUCUCCUACUCCGUCGCAAUUUUCCUCCCGCCGUCGCCAAAAUGCCGUUAAGGUCCCUAGAAACCAUUCGAUUCAGGCAGCAACCCAAUACAGUCAGGUCGAUAUACGAAUGAUUGAAGCAGGAUUGGAUGUCAAGACAACCAUUAUGCUUAGAAAUAUCCCCAACAAGCUCGACCAAGCAACUCUAAAACAGAUAGUCGAUGAAUCCAGUUUCGGACGAUACGACUUCAUGUAUCUUCGAAUUGACUUCUCGAACAAUUGCAACGUCGGUUAUGCCUUUAUCAAUUUUGUUCAUGCGGUGGAUAUUAUUCAUUUUGUUAUCGCCCGAGCAAACAAGAAAUGGAACUAUUUCAACAGUGAGAAGGUUGCUGAGAUCUCAUAUGCAGCAAUUCAAGGCCGAGAAUCUCUAGUUGAGAAAUUUCGGAAUUCUUCUGUGAUGCUUGAACCCCCACACCACCGACCCAAGCUUUUUUUCACCAUUGCCGAUUCCUUAGGUAGAGCUGGGCAAGAGGAGCCUUUCCCGGCUACUGAUAAUCUAGCUAAGCUCAAGCGAAGCUGUGAGAACGCCGAACAUCAGGGGCUCUUCGCCCCUAGUGCAGGCCAAAAGUUGAGGGACGAGCAGCGCAGACGACGCUCCCAAUACGACCGGGGGACCAGCUUAGCUGAGCAAGAGGAGUAUCACUAUGAUGCUCUGGACAGAUAUGGCGGUGGUGAAGGUAGGGGCGGGAGCUUCUCUAGUUACAGAUCUUGUAAGGCUCCUCUAGCAGUUGCAACACCCUAG